AUGCCCAAUUGUCCCAACUGCCACCAGCAUCACCCUCAGAUAGUAAUACUCUCACCACUGUUCGUACACUACAAGCGCACUCCGCCGGUGUUACAGGGUGUGCGAUUGUGGAACGAGGGAAGAACGUUGUCAGCUUUGGACGCGACGCCACAGCGCGCUUGUGGAAUGUGGGAGAAGGGAAGGAAAUUGUUGGCCGAAGGUGGCGAGCACCCAAAGGGUCGCCAAUCCUCUCCGGCUGCCUCGACGAGAAGUGGCAAGAAGCGGACUACGACUCUGAAGGUGGGCAAGUGGAGGGCCAGAAAGACCCACACAGAGCUUUGGAUGGCGAAGUGGGUACUGAAGGGAAGGUGGUAUUUGUUGGCCUACAAGAUGGCCUCCCCGGUGGAUUCAAUAUGCUAUUCGCGCUCGACCUCAACACUCGCUGCCGGAAGACGAGACGGGAGCGUCACAGCAUGGGAUCUAAGGAACUUAAACCAUCCUCCCAUGCCUUCCCAACAAGAGGGUGACCUAGGACCGCCGGCCCGAGAAGAACUCUUCGACUGUUCACCUUCGUGGUCCUUCCGUAGGAACACUGCUGGUAUAGAAUGUCUAGCUAUCAUCGAGAAUAUUUCUCCCUCGUCUCCGGCUCAAUAUCCAGGUUCGAUUGAACUUGUUGGGUUACUUGUUGGAUCGGCAGAUGGACUCCUUUGUCGCAUAGGGCUGAAACCCCAAGGUGACGUGGUCCUCCUGGAAGAGUUCAUUGGCAUAGAAUCUGGAGAUGGAAUCAGAGGGGUACAGUCAGUCGUUGUUGAUAGUUCAGAGAUGGUGUGGUGUGCGGCGGAUGACG